AUGGAAGAGCUUAACACAAAGGUUGACGGCGGCAGACCUUCGUAUUCCUUUGAGGGUUCUGCCAGCCGAAUCUUGGAUAUGGAGGGUGAUGGCAGCAAAUCUUUGUUCUCGUUUGAUAGCUGGGAAAAUCUUCGUGCUCGUAUGAAUGGAUUGUCAAAGGCUGGUCCAAUCUCUUUGACGAAACCGAGAUCGGAUUCGGAAAGUGAGGGUACUGUUCAUACUACCAUGGGGCAUGAGCCAUCUUCAGAACAUAAUGGAACAUAUUUUGCGGCUGAUAAAGGGAAACCUUCUGGCUCGGGUUCUACGGAAAGAUUAUCUUUUGCUAAUGUAGUAAAGGAUAAAAAAGAAUCUGUGAAGGUGAAUUUCAGGGUGAUGGAAUCAAGCGAGGAAGUUGAUGGUGCCGAUGUAGUGAUUCCAUUGUCUUCAGUUAAACAAGUUACUGACAGGUAUGCGAAUACUUUGUACGGGUACUUCUUGGGUAAACGACUGGCUUUUCCCGUGGUGGAUUUUUAUGCGAAGAACAAUUGGGUUAAAUAUGGGUUGUCAAGACUUAUGAUGAAUGCACACGGGUUCUUUUUCUUUAAGUUCAAAACUAAAGAAGGAAUGGACCAAAUGUUAGAGGAUGGACCGUGGAUGAUACGAAAUGUUCCAAUAAUUUUGAAACAGUGGUCUGCCUCUACCAAGUUGGAAAAAGAGGAGCUGAAAUCUAUUCCAGUGUGGGUCAAGAUGCAUGAUGUGCCUUUAGCGGCAUUUACUGAGGAUGGGCUUAGUCUACUUGCAUCGAAGAUUGGGAUUCCUAAAAUGUUGGACUCGUAUACUGCCACUAUGUGUACGGAAUCUUGGGGAAGAAGCAGCUAUGCUAGGGCACUCAUUGAGGUACAGGCAGGGGCUGAUUUAAAGAAGAGCGUUAAUGUUGCAAUCCCUUCUUUGGAGGGUGAUGGCCAUUCAGUGGCGGAGGUUAAGAUUGAGUAUGAUUGGGAACCGUUAAGGUGUUCGUCUUGUUGUGUAUUUGGUCAUGAUGAUUCCUCGUGCCCAAAGAACACCCAGGUUGUUCCAAACAGGGAUUCUGGAAAGAAUGGUGAUGAAUUUCAAGUUGUGGGUGCCAAAAAGAAGAAAGCGACUACUCAAGGGAUUCAUAUAAAAAAUCAAAAACCUAAGGUAGUCUAUCGUCCAGUUGCCAAAUCUAAACCGGAUUCGGCGGUGAAAAAUUCGAAUCAGGUUUCAACAUCGAACCCCUUUGAUUGUCUUAAAGAUGACGAUGGUAAUGGUACAACGGUGGGUCGAGUGGCUGGUAAUCAGAGAGGGUCCAUCGCGGGCCGAGUUGAGAAGGAUCCGUCGAGUGACAGGCAGGAAUCGGAUGAGGAGGAGGUGCUGGGUGAAGAAGGUCAAGAAUUUGAUGAUGACAGUUUGGGGGUUGGAGAUCGUCAACAAGAUAGACCAGCGGAAACUUCUCAAACGGCUAAGAUCAUUCGUGGAAAGUCAAUUAGUACUAAUGCGGAGGAAGUCCGAGUGGAUGAUGUGGGUAUUGAUGAUCUUUUGGCUGAUAUUCCAAAAUACAUGGAGAAGAAACAGGUAAAUCAAGGGGCUGAGGGUGCAAGCACACCCGGAGAUGGUGGUGUCCAUGGGUAG